AUGUCUUACUCUAUCCAAUACACCCAAGAAUAUAACAUCACUCCUUUUCCUUUCCAUUCCCAAAACCAUCAGCCAAUGCAUGAGGAGAAGCCCUCAAUGUGCAAUGACAAGCCCGCAAAUGGUGCUUUCUGGGGAUCAUCUCCUGCUGUUGCCCAAUCUGCUUGGUUUCCAAGCAACCCAACUCCACCACCACCAUGUUCAUAUCAUAUUCCCUCCAAUCCCCGCCGUGUGAACAGUUACAGAAGUGCUCCUGCUCCCCUGACUGAAGACCAAGUGAGGCAAAUCUUCAUGAAGUUCGAUCUGAAUGGAGACAACGUUCUUAGCCGGGAAGAGAUUAGACAAGCUUUCAAUUAUCUUGGUGCUAUGUUCCCUGCUCAACAGGCCCGUCAAGGAAUCAAACUUGCUGAUUCUAAUGGAGAUGGAGUUGUGGACAUGUCAGAAAUGGAAGAUCUCGUCAAGUAUGCUUAUAAUCUUGGGUACGUUGUUAGGUAA